GUUUUUUUUUACAAAUCUCUUUAAAUUCUUUAUACAUAAAUCUUUGAUAGAAGACAAAGAACUUUGAUAAAGAUGUUCAACCAACUAUCGAAAUAUCAAACUCCAAAAUUAUAUUUUACUCCUGCAAUGCAAAGAGCAAGAAAACCUUUUGCUGUAAAAAAUGCUAUAACUGGCUUAUUAUUAUUUGGAUUUUGUGGUGCAGUAUUUUCUUAUUCAAUUAUGGCCGUGAAACAGGAUGAUUUUGAUGAUGUACCUAUGCCAUCUCCACCUUCAACUACAAAUUCUGAAGAGAAAUUAACAAAUGAUAAGAAAUAAAAAAUGUAAUUAUUCUCGAUAUAUAUUUUAUUUAUAUAUUUAAUUAUCCAAGAAUAAUUAAUGAUUUUUCAAAAAAAAGCUAUUAAAAAUAAAUCCUAUUAUCAAUAUUAGUAAUAUUAAUUAAUAUUUUAACUGAGAUCUGAGUAUUUGAAGUUCUGGAUAUUGUGUUUCAAUGACAAUUAAUCAAUUUGUGACUACUCACAACUUUGUAUCACGCUCAGAAAUGUACUGGCGAGAUUAAAAAAAAGCGCUGUUCGAUGUAGUUAGAACUUUACCAAUUAGUAUUUUUGAUACAAGCUCGAGCAAAAAAUUGUACACAACCAUUUAAAUCGAGCUUAUUGAUAGAAAUAUAAGAGAGAAUGGAUGUAAUUUAGACGAGAUGAAAUAUAUCAUAACUAUUGAUUUGGGAGGGAAGUUAGUAAGAUUUAAGACGGGCGAUAAGAAAAGAU